AUUGGCUGCAAUGCUGUUAGCUGGGCCCCUGCAGUUGUACCAGGAAGCCUUAUAGAACCGCCAUCAAGCCAAAAACCAAACUACAUUAAGCGUUUUGCAUCAGGCGGCUGUGAUAACCUUAUCAAGAUUUGGAAGUAAGUUGUCCUGACAAAUUUACCUAAAGUCUUCCUAUAUGACAGACCUUUCUUUGUAUUUCCUCUUUUCAACCUCCCCCCACCCACACUCCUUCCAAGGUAUUAAAAUUGCUUAAAAGGCUUUAUUUCUGACUCUAACCUCGCUCACUUUCAUUCCAAUGUGUGCAUCUGUGCUUGCACUUCCAUGUCUUGGAGCCCAAAUGGCUUUAUCUGGAGUUUCAAACAGCAGCUGUCUUCUGAAGAGACUUACAAAAAAUUACCUCCAUAUUCACAGGCAGCUUCAAAUAUGGCAUGGGAAGCUGCUGUUUAAAACAGAAAGUCCUGCAAAACCCUUAUGUUAUCAUUGAAGUGGGUUGUUGGAACAAGGCUUUAUGAAAUUCUUCUCCUUUAUGUAUCUUGGGUAUAGGAUCAGCCCGUUAUUUGUAGUGUUGUAGUGUUGCUUUGACAGAAUGGCUGUCCCAGCUUUAGGUUUUUGCUCUUGUUUUGUGGAAGGUUAGCUUUUUUAUUGUUAUUACUGUUAUUAUUUAAAUUUAUAUAGUCAUCCAUAGAUCUCGGCAUUUCACAACAUAAAAUUACUAUAUAAAGAGCACAAAAUACCUAAUUAAAUAUAAGAACGAAAACAAACCAAGAACCUCCCCCCAUCCCAUGAUACAUUUAAAAGGACAUGGGAUGUCAAUCAGCCAAAGGCCUGCUUGAAGAAAAACUUUUUACCUGGUGCCUAAAGGUGUAUAAUGAAUGCGCAAGCCGAACCUCCUUGGGGAGAGCAUUCCACAAACAGGGAGUCACUGUAAAAGGGGCUUGUUUUCAUAUUGCCACCCUCCAGUCCUCUCAUGGAAGGAAGCACAUGAAAAAGGGCCUCAGAGGAUGAUCUCAGGGUCUGAGCAGGUUCAUAUGGAGAGAGGCAGUCCUUGAGUUAUUGUGGUCCUGAGCCGUUUAAGGCAUUAUAGGUUAAAACCAACACUUUAAAUUGGGCCCAGAUAACUGGCAGCCAGUAUUACAACACUAAGCUUCUGCAUGGGAAAUACAAUGAGAAUAUGUUUUGUUUUGCUCUUUCUAAAUUUGCACCUUUCUCCCUCGAAUCCUGCCAGAGAAGAAGAUGGCCAGUGGAAAGAAGAACAAAAACUUGAAGCUCACAGUGACUGGGUCAGAGAUGUAGCCUGGGCCCCCUCCAUAGGCUUGCCAACAAGUACUAUCGCCAGCUGCUCACAG